UUGCCUUUGCCCUGUCAUGAUGAUGUAUGGCUGAGAGGCGAAGUACACCGUGUCAGCAGGAGUAAUGUCUACCUAUAUUCUGGGUAUAGACGUGGGCACCACGUCGGUAAAGGCCGUUUUAUUAGAAACCGGCUCCAGGUCGGUGGCUGCCACUCACACUGCGCCAACGACGUCAGAUAUCACCGACAGUGACGGGGUUAAGGCGAAAGAGCAGGACCCGGGCCGGAUCGUGGACGCUCUGAACCGGUGCGUCGGUCUGCUGCCCAGAGACGAACUGCAGCGGGUCAGCAGCAUCGGGCUGUCCGGGCAGAUGCACGGGGUUUUAUUCUGGAAAGCACAGCGCUGUUGUGAUUGGUCCAACGGGGACUUCUUCACAGUCAGAGAGACCAGUCAGCUGAUCACCUGGCAGGAUGGGCGCUGCAGCAGUGACUUCCUGUCGUCUCUUCCAAAACCAGACUCACAUCUCAGCGUAGCCACCGGGUUUGGCUGUGCAACAAUCUUCUGGUACAUGAGACACAGGCCCGAGUUCCUUAAGGACUUCACAGUCGCAGGCACCAUCCAGGACUAUGUGGUGUCCAUGCUGUGUGGGUUGGACGGGUGUGUGAUGACGCCUCAGAAUGCAGCCAGCUGGGGCUUCUUCAACACUUCCUCCAACCAGUGGAAUAUAGACAUUCUGAAGGGGGCCGGCUUCCCUUUGCACCUGCUUCCUCAGUGUGUGCCAUCUGGUGGCUUGGCGGGACAGACGUGCUCUGACUGGCAUGGUAUCCCUGCUGGUACGCCAGUAGGGGCCGCCCUUGGAGACUUCCAGUGCUCUGUCUACUCCUGCAUGAGUGCGCGGACAGAUGGAGUUCUUAACAUAAGCACCUCAGCCCAGCUGACCUUCGCCAUGCCACCUGAUUUCAAACCUCCAGAGUCUCCUCAGCCGGACUCCUCCAUCUCCUACUUCCCCUACUUUGAAGACUCGUACUUGGCGGUGGCGGCUUCACUCAACGGAGGGAACGUACUGGCCACUUUUGUGGAGAUGCUCACUGCCUGGAUGAAAGAGCUCGAUGUGGAGCUGACUGAUUCAUGCUUAUAUGAGAAACUGAUUCAUUGCGCCCUGAAUCAGGAAACGAGUGACCUGAGGGUGAGUCCUACCAUCCUGGGAGAGAGACACAACCCUCUUUGCCUGGGUCAGGUGACCAACAUCUCCACUACCAAUCACUCUCUGGGUCAUUUGACCAGAGCACUGUGCCGCGGAGUCUUAGACAACAUCACCUCCAUGAUGCCUGCUGUGCGUCUGCAGCAGGCGGGGGUCAGCAGGAUUGUGGCCAGUGGGAGCGCCAUCGCCCGCAACGAGGUGCUAAGGCAGGAAGUGGAGAAGGCGUUUCCCCAGCCGGUGGUAUACGGACAAAACGCAGAUUCUGCCGUCGGCGUGGCCAUGGUCCUCUGUGACCUACGUUGAACGAGAUCCACAGGCGAAUCCCUGUCUGUUUACGUGAUUAACUGAUAAUUUUGCACUAUUCUGAGUGCCUUAUGGAAUGGCAUCACUUUGUUUUAAUGAGGCAAAUUCUAUAAGAUAUUUUGCUCUGUAAAACCAAAAACUCACUAUGUGCCGUCUUGCCAAGAAAAGAUCUACUGUUGAGAGAGAUCAUUUUUCUCACUGACAGCAGCCUCAUUUCAGCAGCAACUAAAAAGGGCUGUAAAAGACUUCAGCACCCCACAUGUAUGCAAGAAGGUUCUUUCUGACUUUGGCAUUUCCAUCUCAACUCUCUCCUUUUCAUGUCAAAUUCAGCUUAAGGGUUUGAAUCCACAGACUGAGACCAUGCUGUGUGUGUGAGUGUGUCUGAUGUGUUUCACAAAGCAAGUUUAACUUAGUCUGGCUCUCUUUGGUUUAGCUUGCAUUACUGAGCCUAACAUCUGUGAUCCUGGAUCACCAGUAUCAUGAUGCUGGUUAUCAUAUACGAGUGUGUUCAUGUGAAAGAGGCUGAAUGAUGACUCCACUGACCUGUGUAAAUGUUUUGAUCAGAUCCACUGAAGUUAACCUACUCCGGAGCAGGUUAGCUGUGCAGCGUAUGAUGAUCUGCCUCAUUUUACAGUGAACCAGCGUCACAAUACCAGAAAUCCAGAGAUAAACCCAAAGAUAGCCGGCUAAUACUGUACACUAACUUCACUUUGUGACACAGGCCCCCAGAUCAGAACAUUUAUCCGAGGAAUGGUUUAGUGAAUAUGUGCUCAUUGGCUGUCCCUGUUCAGUUUGUCCCAGCAGAUCCUUAGAUCCAAACAUUAUGAUUAUGUUAUGCUUUCAUUUUAUUACAUCAAGUGAAAUGUUCUUUUUGUUUGCUAUUGAGGUCUAACUUAGAUUGUUGACUACUACGUACUGCUUUUUCUUUGCCUUCUCUUGAUUUUAAGCCUUGAUCUUCUAUUCUGAAUUUCUGCUACUCACAUUAUUGUUUGUCUUUAAUGUUAAUUUUGCUUUUCAUACAUACAACCUUUUUUUUAAGAUGAUCUUACUUUUAUCAGUCAUUGCAGAAUUUGUCUUGCCUCUGCUGCUGCUUUUUUUAAUGAUUGAAUGUUUGUUUCAUGAUCCAGUUUAGUAAGAAAAGGAGAUCAAAGUGACAAUAAAUGAUAGAAGCAUCAGAUGAGGGUCGAUGCAGAUUUUGGCAAACCAGCAUUUCACCUGGAAUAUUUCUAACAGCAACACUUGAUGGCUUUAUCAUUUCUAUAAUAAGGAAUGAAUACAGUGAUAUUUCUACAAGUAAAUGCAGUUGUGACAUCAGUGUUAUUAGUGUUGUCAGUCAUUCAUUACGUCAGAUUCACUGUUUUUUUUUUUAAAUGACUACAGUUAUAUGCACACCUGAUGUAAUGUGAUAAUAGUACAAAUAAAGCAGUGUUAAUAAUUAA